AUGGCGUCAAUGCCGUCCACAUUAGCGUCUAUCACGCAGGAAAAGGUUAAUAAGGCGAAAAUGUCAAUUGAGAACUUCUACGCAAAUUUAGUUGCUCAAUAUGAAGAACGAGAAGAAAGAUAUCGACGAUUAGAAGCGACAAUGAUCACUGAAGGUUUAACGGAUGAAGAAAAAUCGGAAAAACGUCAUUUACAUGCGGCGAAAGAAACAGAAUAUUUACGUUUAAAACGUGUAAAAAUGAGUGCGAGUGAUUUCCAACCGUUGAAAGUCAUUGGUCGUGGUGCUUUCGGCGAAGUUCGUUUAGUACAAAAACGUGAUACUGGACAUAUCUAUGCAAUGAAAAUUCUUCGAAAAGAAGAUAUGUUAUUACGUGAACAAGUCGCUCAUGUCCGUGCUGAACGUGAUGUUCUUGUUGAAGCUGAUCACACUUGGACGGUGAAGAUGUUUUAUUCGUUUCAAGAUGCGAUAAAUUUGUAUUUAAUUAUGGAAUUUCUUUCCGGAGGUGAUUUGAUGACUUUAUUAAUUCAAAAAGAAAUCUUCAGUGAAGAUAUGACCCAGUUCUAUGUGGCUGAAACAGCACAAGCAAUUGAAUCAAUUCAUCGAUUGGGAUUCAUCCAUAGAGAUAUUAAACCUGAUAAUAUUUUACUCGACGCCAAAGGUCAUAUUAAACUAUCGGACUUUGGUUUAUGUACUGGACUGAAAAAAGCACAUCGGACAGAGUUUUAUCGAGAUAUUCAAAGUGUUCGACCACAUGAUUUUACAACGACAGCACCGAUGGAUUCGAAACGACGUGCUGAAACUUGGAAGAGAAAUCGUCGUGCAUUAGCUUAUUCGACUGUUGGAACACCGGAUUAUAUUGCACCUGAAGUUUUCAAACAAAAUGGAUAUAAUAAUAAAGCAGAUUGGUGGUCACUAGGUGUGAUUAUGUACGAAAUGUUGAUUGGUUAUCCACCAUUUUGUGCUGAGAAUGCUCAAGAAACAUUUCAUAAAGUAAUGAAUUUCCGAAAGACACUUGUCUUUCCUCCCGAGAUUCCAAUAUCAAAUUCUGCUAAAAAUCUUAUUUUAAAAUUUUGUACUGAUGCAGAACGACGUAUAGGUUCUUUGGAUGAUAUUCGCAAUGAUUCGUUCUUUCUGGGUGUUGAUUGGGAUCACAUACGUGAUCGACCUGCUGCUUAUUUACCACGUGUCAGAUCGAUUGAUGAUACAUCGAAUUUCGAUGAAUUUCCUGAUGUUGAUCUCAAAUUACCAUCACCAACAAGAGAAAGUGAUGUUCAAGUACACGAUUGGCUUUUUAUUAACUAUACUUACAAACGUUUUGAUGGUUUAACUGCGAAACCUAAAUUAAAAAUGUCGUCAUCGUUAGCAUCGUCAUUUAAUUGA